GAGGUAUGGCAAACAUACAAAGCCAACAUUUCCUCCCCCCUCAAGGCUACUCAGCCACAUUGGUCUGCCCGGCUUGAGCGACUUCUCAGCGAACGGUCAUGGCGCCUGGACUCAUUCUGCGGAUUUCCGUGAUUUGUAUUUUGCUGUCUGGCAGCAGUGCCGUCUCACCAGCUAAUAAAGUGCCCGCCAUGCAUAAUUUCGGGGAUGACGAUGAAGCGUGGUUUUCCGACUUGGUCGCGCCGAGUAACUGGCGCGCUUCACAAGACACACCCCCGGUCCCCGUUCCCACCAACAGGCCCUCUGCGCCCUACAGGCCCGUGACGUUCCCGCCUCCAAAGAACCUGCCCGACGCGCCGCGUUCUGCUGAGACGGUGAUGCUUGUUAACGGGCGCCCAAGAGACUGGAGCCGGGAGAACCCCGACACGAGCCUUCUGUUUCCUUUAAGCCCAAACUUCCAGACGAGCGAUCCGGGAAGGCCUCAGCCGGGCCGCGUGGUCAAAUACCCGUCUGAGAACACGGGACCGUCUUGGCAUGCAGCCCCGCCGACUGGUGAUGAUGAUGAUAAUGAUGAUUAUGACAACAACGUAAGCAAGGGGUCUUCGCCCUCCCCCGCCCCGCAAAGCGGCCCGUUGGCUAGUAGCCCGGCUCUUGGGCCAGUCGGGCCCAUCUAUCCGGUUGCGCUGGGAAGGCCCUCGGCCGGCCUCUCUGGAGGCGAACGGCCCGGCUUCAGUCAGACUCCAAACCUGCCACAGAAACCAGUCGCCGUCACCCAGGCGGCGAGCGAACCGCUCCCGCCUCCCUCCGGAAUCAGUCCGCGCGUCAUCGUCCAGUCCAGAAACGGCUACGAGCGAGCCAGUUAUCUGCAGAGCAAGUCCAGGUACUCUCCACAAGUCCACCCUGUGAGCUCAACGCAUGUUUGGGGGGAACCCAGAGCUGAAGUACCCUCAAAGGCUGAGUGGUGAAAUGCAUGGAUUAUAGUAGCAGAUUGACGUGCCCUCAGAAGAAAAAAAAUUAUAACUUGAUUUACACUCUUUUUGUAGACUCACUAAAUCUGAAAGCUCUACACGCUUAAGGAGUAAAUGCAUAUUUAAAGAAUGGAUGUCUGCUGGUGUCAUGCUUAAUGAUGAAGCACGUUCCACUUUUACGCUCAUGGGUGAUACAGAAGCGCUUUAUUCCUGCUGUAAAUGUGUGGCACUGGGCUUCAAAUUGGCUCAAACAGACUCUGGUGAUGUCAUGCCACUCUAGUGUAUAACAAAAAUGCAUGCUGGAGGUUUACCUUGACAUUGAAAUCCUUGUUUCCCAAAUCCC